UGGUUAAAAUGGAGCUGCGUUUGCAUUCGCCAGCAGGAGCGGAACCGAUCGUCUAUCAGUGGCCUCUUACUUCGGGAUCGGGCUCUGAUCGUCAUGAUGGAGCACUGGACGUUAUCGAAACUAUGCGAUGGGUUUGCGAAGAUUUGCCAGAUCUGAAAUUACCCUUAGAAAACAAUAUCCUUUGUGACUACGAUCCAAGAGACUACGAAAGUAUGAAAAGCUUGUGCGAUAGAUUUAACAGAGCCAUCGAUAGUUUAGUACAACUGGAAAAAGGCACCAGCCUGCCAUCCCAGAGACUAAAUAAGAGACCUAGUAGAGGUUUACUUCGUCAUAUACUUCAACAAACUUAUAAUCAAGCUGUGGUUGAACCAGACAAGUUAAAUCAGUAUGAGCCUUUUUCACCCGAAGUCUAUGGCGAAACGAGUUACGAGCUUGUAUGUCAAAUGAUCGAUCAAAUCGACGUGACGGAGGACGAUGUCUUUGUAGAUCUAGGUUCCGGAGUUGGUCAAGUGGUUCUUCAGAUGGCAGCUGCUACUUUAUGUAAAAUUUGUACCGGCGUAGAGAGAGCCGAUGUACCAUCAAAGUAUGCACAGAGCAUGGAAGUAAAUUUUCGAAAAUGGCUAAAUUGGUAUGGGAAGCGAUGCGGAGAAUAUCGUUUAAUAAAAGGAGAUUUCUUAGCCGACGAACAUCGCGAAAGUAUAACCGGAGCUACGAUUGUAUUCGUCAAUAAUUUUGCAUUUGGUCCAACGGUUGAUCAUCAGUUGAAGGAACGUUUCGCCGAUUUACGAGAUGGCGCGCGUAUAGUAUCCUCAAAAGCAUUUUGUCCGUUAAACUUUCGAAUAACUGACAGGAAUUUGAGUGAUAUUGGUACGAUAAUUCAUGUCUCAGAGAUGUCACCGUUAAAAGGUUCCGUCUCUUGGACCGGUAAACCGGUGUCGUAUUAUUUGCACGUAAUCGAUCGAACUAAAUUAGAACGUUAUUUCCACCGCUUGAAAAACAAUAAACAAGGUGGCUUAGAUGAAAACUCUGAUUCUGUGAUAAGCAACACUGCCAGCAAUAGUAGUAAGAUUUCUAGUAGGAAUGAAAGAGGUGACAGAGCCAAGAGAGAUCUUUCGAGGCAAUUAGACAGUCCGAAUCAUUCGGAGCAGCAAGGAACAAAUAGCGACUCCGACCUAGACGACAAUGCUAUUAAAAGUCGUCGACAGUCAAACAAAAUACGGAGGAAAUUCAAUCGAAAAACUACGAAUGGCAUUACGAGAGCUCCGGCUAGAGGUAGACAGAGAGGAAGAGGCGUUAAGAGAGCCAAGCCUAAAAAGGCAAUCAAUAUAUCUGGAUUAGAUCUGUUACAUAGUCAGACUUUACUCAGUACAUCACCUCAAGCUCUUGGAAAAAAGCCUCCGCCUGCUCCUGGUUGCGUAGAUCAACAACUAUCUUCAUUGUCGCUUUCGUUGCAAUCGCAUUCCACUUCAGUGCACGAAGAACUCAGUAUACCACCCGCUCCGUCCGCGACUCCUUACGCUCUACAAAUACUUCUGGACAUGUUUAGGGACCAAUUUAUGCUUAUGUUAGAAUCAAUGAGAACGCCCACUUACAAGGCAUCCGUUAAUACGGAUAUUGCAAGAGAAAGAGAAAGGAACUCCAGGCUUCAGUCGAGAGCGGCACAAUUGGAGAAACAAAUCAAGGUGUUGAUAGACGAUAGCGUAGCUCUCUUGAGAGCGAGAAUGACUGAAUUAGGUAUCAAUGCUACGUCACCCGGAGAUCUGUUAGGGAAAGCUAAGGAAAUAGUUCUGAGACAUAAACAGCUACAGGCUAAAGCGAGCAAAUUGCAAGCGCAAGUGGCCUCUAUCGAAAUUGAACAAAACAGACUAGUGGCGCUCAGACAUCAAGAAAUGCAGGAAAAAUAUAAUGGUCACGCGAAUGCAAAUGGCAUAAUGAAUUCACAUCAGCCGCUUACCGAGGAUUAUUUGUUGAAAGAAAUUUCGGCCACUCUUUCUCAACGUAAACGAUUACAUUCUCAAGUUUCAAAGCUAGAGCACGAAUUAAACGUAUUGGAGAGAACAAGUAACGAAAAGCAAGCCGCUGCUAUUGCACAGCAACAAAAGGACGCGACUGGAAGCAAACAUUCGCAAAAUUUACAUCAUGGUGGUCAACAGCAAAGUAGUAAAAAUGGAACAACCCGUAAAAGUAGGGAAGGCCGUUCGAGGUCGCAGGAAUGGCCCGAGGUUCCAGAUAUCGGAAGAAUACACGAGAAUAAUCCAGAAAUAUUAGCGCAAAAGAUUUUAGAAACGGGAAGACAAAUAGAAGCGGGUCGUAUAUCAAAUCCCAGACAGAGUGGCAACAGUAAUUCCAAAACCAGACUGCCCCAGGCGUCUCUCAGUUUUUCCACAUCAUCCUCUAUUUCAUCCACUCAAUCGCAAUCGCAAACAACCAAUAAAGACGUACCGAAUACGCAUAGAACUCAAGAGCCACCCAGAGUCGCCAAUUUUGAGGAUAGACUAAAAAGUAUCAUCACAAGUGUGUUAAACGAAGAUCAACAAAACAGAAAUAAGCAACAACAAAUGCAAUUGCAGGCGCAAUUGCAAAGUCAGUCCGAUUCUGAGAGAAAGCGUGUUUUGUUACCACAAAAUGUUUCUACUCCCGAUUAUACUCAAGUUUCACCCGCAAAGCUAGCGUUGCGCCGUCAUCUCUCGCAAGAACGUCUUUCAUCGUCUCAUUUGACAUCGUCUGACAGAUCGUCGGCAGUCGACCCUAGACAAUCGUCAAGCUAUGACAAUCGGCUCGUAGCGGGUGGAAGUGGAUUACUCGGCACUAGGACGAUUGGCGAUCUCGUCAGUGGAGAAAUAGAAAGAACUCUCGAGAUAUCCAAUCAGUCUAUAAUAAAUGCCACUGUUGAUAUGAGCGCGAUGAUGAGACCCGAAACUGUAUACUCCCCCAUUAGUAGACCAGCAAGUGCCGAAGGAGACGCUGGUUUGUCAACGUUGGCGCACGUAGCUAGUUACGCGCCUACUUCUUCAGGAGCUUCUACCUCCACACCUACGACUAGUUCGAGAUCGUCUAUGCUCUUCACUUCGGUAACGCAACCACAAAGAUAUACACCGGUUCAAUUGCCGCGGGCGGAUAUUAAGCCUUAUCACGAGUCUUACUUUUCGGAUAAUCCGUCUCAGUCGCUCACAUCCCAUUCAGCGGCAUCACCUCUACAUUCGUCUCAAAACACAUCGAACGGUGAAUUGUUGGGAAGAGAACCUGUAGAAGGGCUCGCGGCAACGUUACACGAUCGAAUAUUGAACGACAGCAACGGCAAAACCGAAUCGACUCUUUCCGGCAGUAGAAGUAGAUAUCAUCCGUAUUCGAUGCGAUACGCAACAAACAGUAGUAGUAAUGGAAACGUAACGACGACAAGUAGUACGAUAACCGCGGUUUGCCAAUCACAACCAUUGAUGACAGUAAAAACGGAAACGGUUGUAUCGUCGGUAAGCACAAGCGGAGCGCCUCUAAGUCCUCUUGUGGAACCACAUUCUAAUACUUCGACGCCACUAGUCGACGAACCUCAGAUGACAACGCAAAGACAACGAAGUGUCGGAGAUGAUGGUAAGCGGAAAAAAGACUUGUGCUUUUGGAAUUUGAAAAAAUUGUCCCAUUAAAAUAUUGAUGUAAAACAUACGCUUGGAAUGAUCUGUAUUUCUAUUGAGUAUGCUUUUUGAUACAGUAGCUACGGAAAAUCUAUAUAUAGAGCUCUAUUGAAUACUGAUGUUAUUUUCGAACGAUGCUUUAAUUUCUGUUAUACUUCCAAAUAUGCGUAAAGACAAAUAUGUAUUAUAUAUACAAAUAGGUAUAUAUUUAUUAAUUGUGUUAUAUUAAAUUCUCAAGUUGUUACAUUACGAAGUUAGUC